AUGGUUCACCAUGUUGUAGUUACAGUUCCUCCUCUCCCGUCUUCUCAAGCCUCUCCCCGUCGCCUCCGCUCUCCGCCGGACAUUGCCCUAUCUCCUCCUAAUAUCACCGUCGAUCUUCCCGUCUCUGACUGUCUUCUUACCGGACCACUCUCUUUUUCUUUCACUUCUGAAGACUUGCCGACAAGAUUCACGUUUUCUUCCCGCGUCUUCCUUCUCUGCCAUCCUUUCUUUAUCCCUCAACAGCAAUGGCUUCGCAUAACAAGAAAGCGUCUGAAGAGAGAGGUUGGAGAAGAUCCUAGUACAAGUACUUCACAAGAAUAUGCUAGUAGGGAUGAAAACACAGUAAUGAUUGCUCAACAAGAGCAGCAUGUGCAAGUUGUCGUUGAGAAUUUUACCCCUGGCCGGCCAAUGUAUUUGGGCACGCCAAAGGACUCAGUUUUUUCACCUUCUCCACAGCAGAAAUCUGUGCUGAUUGAUCAGCGGAGGAAGGAGACAAUAACGAUUGUGGAUUAUGGGCAUGAUGAAGUGGCUGUGUCUCCAGAACAGGAGGAGGGAGAAGUAAUGGUAACCGAGCAGUCAAUGCAAAGCGAGGAUCGUGCAGUAAUUAACGGUGACUUUCAAGACAAGACGGGUCUUUUCCAGACACUUAAUGGUCAUAUUGCUCAUCCUCAACAGGGGCAGUCAAAUGAUCAAGUAGAGACUGAUGAAACUAAACGCAUUGUGAACAUAUCACCAUCCGCCGAGGGGGAAGGUGCUGUUAUUUCUGAAGAGUCAAAUGAUACUGAUCUAUUAAAUAAGUUUUUACCUCCACCGCCAAAGGCAAAGUGCUCGGAUGAGCUUCAAGCGAAAAUAAUGAGAUUUCUUACGUUGAAGAGGGGAGGAUUAAGCUUUAAUGCCGAAGUGCGCAAUCGAAAAGAUUACCGCAAUCCUGACUUCUUAAGGCAUGCUGUUACAUAUCAAGACAUUGAUGAGAUUGGAUCUUGUUUCAGCAAGGAUGUGUUUGAUCCCCAUGGAUACGACAAAAGUGACUUCUUUGAUGAAAUAGAGGCUGAUAUGAGGCGUGAAAUGGAAAGGAAAGAGCAAGAAAGGAAGAGAAGCCCAAGAAUAGAUUUCUUCUCUGGUGGAACACAAGUAGGAGCAGUUCCCACACCCAAAAUUAAUCUGCCAAUUACAGGGCUACAAAUGAUGCCUGGCGGGGCAUUCAAUGCAGUCCCUACUGCCAGGGAUCCUUUACCUCGAGAUGGGCGUCAGAACAAGAAAUCCAAGUGGGAUAAGGUGGACGGUGAUGGGAAGACUCUUUUGUCCACUGGUGGACCGGAUUCUGUGUCUGCUGCCGCAGCACAAGCUGCAAUUCUAUCUGCUGUUAACGCCAGUGGUGGAUAUUCUGCUUAUGCGGAACAAAGACGCCGGGAGGCAGAAGAUUAUAGACGAUCAAGUGACAGGAAAUCUGACAGAAAAAGUUGA